UUUAACCUAUUCUUAAUAAAGUACGUUUUUGAAUCCGAUCCUAAAUUGAUUAUGUGGCAGUUUUGAUUCUAAUCGAACAAAGCUAAUAUUUGUUUUGUUGUUGAUCUGUGUUUUCUCCUACAACAACCAGUUAAUAAAUGUCAAAAAAGUAAAUAUGUAAAUAAUCACAUUGUAAGGUUUGUGAGUCACUUAUUAUUUACAAAUAAAGAUCAAAUUUCUACAUAUAGAGGAAGUGUAUUAAUUUACACAAUUAGUCAUUUGAAAACGAUUAAAAUGCUUGCUCCAGAAGUUGGAUCAACAAACAAUGAAAUCGGAUCGGGAAGCCACAGUAGUUUUAUAAGAAAAAUAUCAGGUAUAUUUAAUAGAGAUGAGGAAACUUCUCGUAUUAACAGCGGGGUUGGGUAUGUGGAAUUUGGUACAUUUUCCGAAGAAUCCACGACAAGAACCUUGGGAACAUUUGCUGGGGUAUUUUCCCCAGUUACGUUAUCCAUGUUUUCCGCGCUCAUUUUUCUCCGAAUGGGUUAUAUCGUCGGUAAUGCUGGAUUAUUAGUGACUUUAACGCAAUUUCUAAUAGCUUACGCCAUAUUAGUGUCUACGGUAAUGUCUGUAUGCGCUAUUUCUACAAAUGGGGCGGUAGAAGGAGGCGGUGCUUAUUUUAUGAUCAGUAGAACUCUGGGUCCUGAAUUUGGUGGCUCAAUUGGUACUUUAUUUUUUUUUGCCAACAUUGUUAGUAGUGCUCUCUAUAUUUCCGGGUGCGUCGAAGGUAUCAUUGAAAAUUUUGGUCCUUCCGGAUCUCUAGUAACCGACAUGAUACCCGGUGGUAGAUGGCACGGGUUUUUAUACGGUAGUAUACUAAACGUAAUGAAUUUAUUAAUUUGUCUCAUAGGGGCUUCUAUGUUCGCCAAAACGGCGGUAUUUAUAUUAAUAAUAGUUUGCAGUUGUUUGAGUAUAACGAUAUUCAGUUUUUUCUACGAGGGUUUCUUGGAGGUACCGAUACCGAAUUCGAAUAAAAUCCUUCACAAUAACACCGAUUUAGACAUAUACAGAAAUUAUACGGGGCUUUCGCAAAUUACUUUCAAAAAUAAUCUUCUACCAGGAUACGGCGUCGAUUACACGUCAACCGGCGAGUUAGUCACCUUCGCUACGGUAUUCGGAGUUUUAUUUUCAGGCGUAACCGGAAUUAUGGCCGGGGCUAAUAUGAGCGGCGAACUCAAAAAUCCCGCUAAAUCGAUACCGAAGGGGACGUUAUCGGCGGUCGGUUUCACUUUUAUCGUUUAUAUAUUGAUAUCGUUGUUAACUUCGGCGACAUGUACGAGGGAAUUAUUGCAAAACGAUUAUAUAUACAUGGCUGGCGUUAGCGCCUUUCCGCCUAGCGUCGCCAUAGGACUCAUAACCGCCACGUGGUCGGCGGCUUUGAGCAACGUAAUAGGAGCUUCUAGGGUAUUAGAAGCUCUAGCUAAAGAUAAAAUUUUCGGUCCAAUUUUAAAUUUCGUACCUAGGGGUACUUGGAAGGGUAAUCCUGUAGCGGCGGUCGUUGUUUCAGCUGUUCUAGUUCAAUUUAUUUUAUUGAUCGGUUCUUUGAAUAUUAUAGCCCAGUUAAAUUCGGUGUUAUUUUUGUUGAGUUAUUUAGCUACGAAUAUGGCGUGUUUGGGAUUGGAAUUGGCGGGCGCUCCUAAUUUUCGUCCAACUUUCAUGUUUUUCACUUGGUACACGGCGUUAUUCGCUUUCCUCGGUACGAUCGUGAUGAUGUUCGUAAUCAGUCCGAUAUACGCGGCUUGCAGUAUUUUGUUAUGUUUGAUUUUGGUGGUCGGGUUGCAUUUGUAUUCCCCCUCGAAGGAGGCUCAAUGGGGUAGUAUAUCGCAAGCUCUGAUGUUUCAUCAGGUUAGGAAGUAUCUUUUGCUUUUGGAUUCCCGUAAGGAUCACGUGAAAUUUUGGCGUCCUCAAGUACUUUUGUUGGUGAAUAGUCCGAGAUCUUGUUGUCCCUUAAUCGAUUUUAUUAACGAUUUAAAAAAGGGUGGGUUGUACGUUAUCGGUCACGUGGAAACCGAUGAGGAUAUUAACGAUCGAAAUCCCGAUCCGAUUUUGGGCCAACUCGCCCAUUGGUUGACGCUGAUCGAUCACUUGAAGGUGAAAGCUUUCGUCGAACUAACGGCGGCCAAGACGGUCAGAGAGGGGCUUCGACAUUUGAUGAGGCUAUCCGGAAUGGGCGCUAUGAAACCCAAUACGGUUAUUUUCGGAUUUUUGGACGACGAGGAACAACACGAUUUCCUUCAAAGUGUCGAUUCUUCGUAUCUGAAUCACGAUUUCGAAAAUGACGUUUUCCCUUUGAAGACGCAAAGCAAUUUACAGCCUCGCGAGUACGUUCUAAUGAUGAGAGACGUUUUGAGGAUGAAUAAAAAUUUGUGUUUGUGCAGGAAUUUCGUCAAAUUGAAGAAGGAUAACAGAAGUGUUAGGAGCAAAAGAUACAUCGACGUAUGGCCCGUAAACUUCUUAAAUCCCGGAGAACAAGAUUGCUUCGACACCAUUUCUCUUUUCAUGAUGCAGCUAGCUUGCAUAGUAAAUAUGGUACCGUUGUGGAAAAAAUUGAAGCUGAGGUUAUGUAUUUGUGACGAAACCAGAACGAGUUAUUUCGCUUUUAAUUCGUCGACUCAAAGCCAUUCCGAAAAACUGGAAACUCUAUUGAAAAAUCUGAGGAUCGAAGCGGAAUUAUUUCAUGUUGAAGCAUGGAGAAACGUCAUAGAAGCGAACGGUAUUGAAAAAGAACUUUAUGCGAAGAGUGUUAACGAUUUGAUUCUUCAACAGACUUCGGAAACCGCUGUGACUUUUAUUUAUUUACCCUCUCCCCCUUUGGACGAUGAUAAAUUAAUUUCUUUUUAUAAUAAUUUGGAAAUAUUUUCUAGAAAUCUACCCCCGACUAUAUUCGUACAUGGUGUCAAUACUGUUACUUCUACAACUUUAUAGUAACAAAGUUAUUUUAACUUAAUAAUCUAAUUGUCCAGAUACUGAGCAAAAUAUUUGACAUAUCGUUGAAAAUUUCAAUCUCAAAAAAUAUUUUUUCCAAAAAAUAGAUUAUAUACUCAAAAAUUUUCUUAUUUUUCCGAAAUUAUCUCGAUAUAAAGUGAUAUUAUGGAUAGAUGUGUAAUUAAAACCAUUCGUAUUACAGGGUAACUUCCGAAAUUAAUUUUAAGAGUAUGAAAAGGCUGUUUUUAAACAAUUUUGCAUCGUAGGUUUUAAUUUUUUUUAUAGAAAUUAGUAUGUAUUGAUGAAAAACUAUUUUUUAUUUCUAUAUUAAUUUUAUCCCGUCAAAUGUUAUAUUUAAUUAGAUUAUGUCACUAUAAGUCGAUCGUAAUAAAAUGAUUAAAUUAUUUUUAAUAUCAGAAAAUAAUUGAAAUAUUGAUUUAGAGUCUCAAACUUUUGUGCCUUAUUGUGUAAAAUACGUUGAAAAUAAUAAAAAAAACGACAGUUAUUUGUAUUCUGAAGAUUAAAUAUCUAAAAUUAAAUCUGCCGACAUUAAUGUAACUAAAAAGGUAUAUUAUUAAGUAAUUAACUAUUAUACAUACGACAUUUUGUAACUUAUUAGUUAUAUUAUACUUUACCUUGUAUAUUAAAAAGUAUUAUUUGAAAAUAUAUUUUUUCACUAA